GAUUUAUUAUAUUUGCCAUGCUCGAUCGGAGAAUGUGGGCGCGUGCCCGCCCGUGUUGAAUGGCUUUGUCCACUUUUGGAUUCCGAUUUCCGAUUGCCUCGAGAUGGUGCGCCAUGUUAGUCUAGGAAGUCACGGAAUGAGUGCCUAGUGUCUCCUUUUGGGAACAGCCAAUGAAAGCGAAUGAAGACGAGAUCUUUGGUAAUUAUUUUAGAGGCUCGGAUGCAGGCUGAAGGUGGGGAGGAUUAUAAGACGAGCCUAAUUACAAGGAGGGGAGAAACAAUUUGUACAACCUGCUAUUUAUGGUGCCCGUUUGCUUGUGCAGUCUAAUAUGACCUUUUUGUCAAUGUGUUAUGGUCGAUAUGAUUCAUAUAAAUGAUGCCUUGGGAGUUGAAGACGUACUCGUGAAUUGCACAAAUGAACCCAAAUGAAGUUCUGUACAAGUUUGAGAUGCUUAUGUGUUUAUUGUUUUUCUUUGGCAGGAACAUAGACGACCAGAUAGCAGCUGCAGAUUUCUGAAUCUAGAAUGGGUUGUUUCACCGUUUUGAAGGGUAGGAAGAAGAAACCUGAAAGAACCAGUUACACCAAGCAUAAUAACGACUCUAAGGAGCACAUGCCAAUGAUUCUGCCCGAACCGCAGAUACGGACGCGGUCAUUACAGUCUGCUCCACCGAGUUUCAAAGCUAGAGUUAAGCCUGUUCAGACAGUUUACAUGGUAACAAAUGGUAGGAUGCGUGCAUUAUCUGCUCCAUCUAUUGCCUUUGAUAUGGCCGAACAAGAUGCUCUCUCAUCGGCUGAAUUUGAUGAACUAGAAGAUUCAAGAUCCCGUACUUCCAUGAAAGAACCAAGGUCCUCGAGUCCACAGCCUCUUCCCCUUCCAUCACCUCAGGGUGCUGCUGUCCUAAAAACUGCAGGAAGCUUUAAGUCCGCAGCAGGGAGUGGCCCACUAUACCCUUCUGGACCCUUGCCUUUGCCACCCUCAGGGGCCCUUCGAAGCUUUUCAAUUGACGAAAUUGCUGCAGCUUGCCAUAAUUUCUCUGUAGAUCGAUGGACAUCAGGUGGUCUAUCUUCAAUAAUGUAUAGAGCAUCCUUUGGAGAAGAUAAUUCGAGUUCAAGGAAGUUUGAAGCUACUGUCACUUGCCUUCAGACGUCCACUCAGGGGAUAAAAGAGUUCAUAAGUGAUGCAAACACUCUUGCAUCUUUGCAACAUCCUUACCUCUGUAAGCUGCUCGGGUACUGUGCACGUGAGGGUUCAGAACUAAGAGCUCUUGUGUAUGAGAGGCUUUACCAUGGAAGCUUAGACAGGCUGCUAUAUGGAAGAUCUGAUGGACCACCUAUAGAUUGGAACACCAGAAUGAAAGUUGCCUUAUGUGCUGCCCAAGGUCUUACUUUCCUGCAUGAAGAGGGGCCCUUUCAGGCUAUGUUCAAUGAAUUUUCAACGGCCAACAUCCAAAUCGACAAGGAUUUCAGUGCCAAGCUUUCAGGAUAUGGUUGCAUUGGGCACAUUCAAGAGUCGGAUAUGUCCUACAGUUCGGUGGCAUUGGCGAACCUUUCCGUGGAGACGGUGGAGAAGGGAUUGCUCACUCCAAAGAGCAACGUAUGGAGUUUCGGCAUAGUUCUUCUUGAACUGCUCACAGGUAGGAAGAAUCUGGAUAACAAGUUUCCUAAAGAAGAGAGGAACCUGGUCAAGUGGAGUCGGCCUUUCCUGGCCGAUGAUUGCCGGCUAUCACUAAUAAUGGACCCUCAGCUCAAAGGUCGUUUCCCGGCUAAAGCAGCAGGAUCAGUAGCUGACAUUGCUCAGCGAUGCCUCCAAAAAGAACCUUCAGAAAGACCCACGAUGAGAACCAUUGUGGACCUUCUAAAAGUCAUACAAGACGUGAAGUAUUCCUGCCGGUUCCCUUUGCAAGAGCCAGCGGCAAUUACUGGGAAGCAAAUGUUGAAAUCUCCGAGCCUAAACGGAAUCAUGGUCCCAACACCCAAGUUGAAUUUUUCCCCGUCCCCACCCCCUAGAGUGGCCCCACCAUCCGUCUCUCCCAGGAAAUUUCGUGCUCUACCCACAUCUCUUCCUCCUCGCGCAUGUUCCUCGACCCUUGCCUUGGAGGAAUUAAAUUCUCAAGAAAGCCGAAAAUCUUCAUCAUCAUCAACCGUGCGAAGGGCUAGUGUGGAAGGAUUUUGAUUGUUGAUAACGUGAUUUUAUUUAUUUAUUCUCGGGUUCUCGUGUUCAUUCGUGAUUUAGUAUGAAGUACAGAUUAUAAAGGUGUGGUUUUUUCACCUUGCCAUCCCUCUAGGUCGGGUCAUAGAGGGGAUGCUGUUUUGUAGAUAGAGUGCAAGAUCAUGCUGUCUAUUGUUAUACAAGAAUGCCAUUUAAACCAGAGUGGCCAUGUCCUUCAUCUUGGCAAUGUUGUCACCAGCGCUCGUCAUUGUAUAUGCAUGUUUCUGUCUGAAUUAUUGUUAAUGGUUUUGCAAUAAGCCUCUGUGGAGGAAAGUAACGUUGAUA